CGCCCAUUACGCAUGGACAACGAGGUCGCUUCUCACUGUCAAUUCAACGUGUCAAUGCUCCUCAUAUCUCAAUACUUCUUGUGCCUCCAUGAUCCAUCGCUCCCUCUUGCUCGUCUCCGCCGCUUUAGCAUCCGUCGCCGCGCAGUGUGCCACCGACAUGCAAGUGUCUGUUCGCUUCACGGACGACAUCUAUUGCGUGGACACCGCACCUUGCUCUGGCGUGUACUUGCCUUCCAAAACGGGCUGCCCAACCAAAGGCACCGUCUCGAUCAACACGAAGAACACGCUUCAAGUUGACACAUGUUGCUCCGUCAUUGACACCUCGAACGCGGUGGGUUGCGUGAUUCCCGUUGCUGGAUCCACCGAAUGCAUCGGUGCGCCAAACUCUGCACCGUCUUCAACGUCGUCUGCUCCUGUGACAACCGACCCUGCAACAACUACCCCUGCGACAACGUCCGCCGAUGGCAUUAUCCCUGCAACAACUAUCCCUGCGACAACGUCCGCCGAUGGCAUUAUCCCUGCAACAACUACCCCUGCAACAACUAUCCCUGCGACAGCGUCCGCCGAUGCCAUUACGUCGGCUGUAUCGACGUCGUUGGCUCCAGCCACCAACAACACCCCAACAAGCAGCACCACAAAACCCAUCACCCCCGCUAUCCCGACACCGUCCUCCACUUCAUCCUCGGUUGCAGCCAAUACCACCGACUCGAACGCGACCAAAUCCCCGGAUGCCCCCCGUGACUCGAUCACGGAGCCUCCUUCGUCCACGGGUAAUGCUACUACCAAUACUACCGUGCCGCCAUCCACGUCAGCUACGUCGGCGCUACCGGUCAUUGUGUCCUCCUUGGUCGUCGCCAUUGUAGCCACCAUGUUGUAG